UUUUUGUGUUAGACUAAGCACUAAUCUUGAAAUAACACCAGGCCCGCCGUCAUCUCAAACCAUAGGUUUUUGGGGAAACGGAUAAGUUUUUAGAAACGGAAACAGUUCAGUGGACAGAACCGCAGUGAACGAGGAAAAGGGACGCCGUCCGGCGAGUCAAUGGCGUCGCUUAGCAUCUCAGGCGGUGCGCUUUCGGUAGGCCGCUCCUCCUCCCGUCCCACUGGACGACUACUUUCGAGUUCCAGACGCAGCAGGACGGUGGAUCCGGAGGGGAUACUUGGUCCGCCUCAAGGAGGGCACAUCGCGAGAUUGGAGUUCAAGAAAAGGCUCGAGAAGGACGCCAACGCCACGGAGGACUUCCAACGGCAGGUCCGAGAAGAGCGGCGUAGGCGCGCCGAGAAAAGACAGGCUCGGGUUGUGCCUGAGACGGAUGCCGGCCUCGUCGAAUACUUUCUCGACACCGAAGCUCAGGAGAUUGAAUUCGAAAUCGCACGAUUGCGACCCAGGUUAACCAAGGAGUUUUUUGCACAUGUGGAGCUUGAAAUAGGUCAAUUAAGAUUUGCUGUUACAAAAACAAAGGAUAUGGAGGAUCGGCUGAUUGAGCUAGAAGCUAUGCAUAAGGUCCUCGUGGAAGGAAUUGAUGCGUAUGACAAGAUGCAAGGAGAUCUAGUGCUAGCAAAGGAAAGAUUGUCCAGAAUAUUGCAGUCAAAGGAUAAGAAAGCAACUUUGUUGGAUAUGGUUGAAAAAAAUGAGAUCAACAGAUCGCUACUGACACUUCUCGAUCAAAAUAUAGCAAGUGCUCACGAGAAUGAGCAGAAACAAGCAGCAGAAUUCAUGGAGAAGAUCAGGUCAGCAAUUUUGAAAUACAUCACAGCAUAGAGAUGCUUUGCAAAAGAGAGUGGACGCUAAAUUGUGUUAUCUUGUCAAAAUCAUGUAGUAGCACUUCGUUUUGAUGCACGAGGAACUUAACUAAAGUGGUUCAGAUAGUUGCCAAUUGUAGGCCGUGAAUCGAGUAAUUGAAGUUCACCUAUAUUCAACUGUAACAGUAGCUUAGCUUAUGCCCAGAAUGGUGUACCAAUUCUUCUGUGACUUGAGUGGAAUAAAUUUUUUAGUGCUGCAAUUCCGUUAGCAAGGAAUUACCAUGAAUUUAUUUGAAA